AUGCCUCAAGAAGAUAGAAUCACUGUUCACUGGUUGAACUUCUCCCGAGCCCAAAGAAUUCUUUGGUUGUUAGACGAAUUGAACUUAUCGUAUGACUUGAAAGUUUAUGAAAGAACCAAAGAAUACAGAGCCCCUAAAGAGUUGGAACAGGUCCAUCCUUUGGGGAAGUCCCCAGUUGUUGAAAUCACCAAACCUGAUGGUGAAGUGAUUCAACUUGCUGAAUCUGGGUGGAUUGUCCAAUACUUGAUUGACAACUAUGACACGGAAGGAAAGCUUAAACCAGCUACUAUCCAAGAUAGUAAUAAAGUUAAUUACUUUCUCCAUUAUUCUGAGGGAACUUUCCAACCGUUGUUAGUUGGGUUGUUGGUCAAUCAAAUGGCAACUAAAGUCCCACCAUUUCCAGCCAAUUGGAUUGCUGGUGCUGUUGUCAAGGGAAUCAAUGCCAAAUAUUAUGGCCCCGAAUUGGAAAAGAAUUUGAAAUACUUGAAUGGCAUUGCUGCCGCUCAACAUUCCAACGGCAGUAAGUACUUGGUGGGAAACAAAUUGUCUGGUGCUGAUAUCAUAUUGAGCUUCCCAAUCGUUUCCAUUUUUACUACAGGUAGAGGCUUACGCCCAAGUGUUGUCGAUGAAUUUCCUGAAUUGCACAAGUAUUAUCAAAAUUUGAGUCAGGAAAAGAGUUUGAAGAAUGCCAAUGAAAAGAUUGCUCAAUAUGAACGUAAUCCACUCAAGUUGUAG